AUGUCACUGCCACCCAACGCCACAGUAGAGACUAUCUCAGUCCGUCGACUAGCUAUCGACAUCGUGACGCCGUACGCACAAGCUGUCGAGCGUUUUCGUUCCCUGGUGCCACCUAUCAAGCUGGGUGACCUGCGCAAUGCAACUAGCCCCGACCAAAUCGAGGCAGUAGUUCGCGACACCGCAACAACAACAGGCUUCGUACUAUUCAACGAAUUCAAUCACGGGCAUUGGAUCAGUCAUUUCCCUCCGUUUACCACAGCGCCUGAGGCAGCUGGCGUUGGACAUGGAGCUCACCGCUUCAUCUUUGGAAACCCUCUGUUCGCGAUCACGAUGAUUCGUGAGAGCAUCGAGGCAGCUAUGCAUGUUCCCUUGGACUGUGGUUUCUUCGAGCAAAAUGACGGCUCGGCAAAGAUGGUAAUUUUGCUGCCAGAUGGUCUAGUCGCCGGACACGCCGGUGCGGCUGAGAACGAGGCGCUACAUGUGGCCGCGCGGGCGCUGGAGGCUAAGGUGUUUAAACUGAUUGAAGCGAUUACAAAUUCUUAG